AUGGCCUCUUUGGACUUACCUUAUCGUUGCCCGAGGUGCGGUGAGCACAAAAGAUUCAGGAGCCUGUCCUCCUUGAGGGCCCACCUGGAAUAUAACCACACCUAUGAGACACUCUACGUUUUGUCUAAAACCAACAGUAUUUGCGAUGCUGCUGUCUUCCCCUUGACGAGUGAGACAGCUUUGUUGACCCCAGCCCAUCGUAGGGAGGUAUUUGAGAGCACAUCUUUCCAAGGAAAAGAACAAAGAUUUACCAGGGACUUAGUGCAAGUUGAAGACUUUAGCCCAUCAUCUACUCGAUACACACAGGAGGUGGAGAUUCCUCUAGGUGAGAUAUUUAACAAGACAGGAAUGGCUUCCCACUCCCCACCUCCAGCAGCUGUGGCAGCGGCAGCUGCAGCAUCAGCAGCAGUAGAUGCUGCCUAUGAGGAAGGCUUGGCAAGACUGAAAGUGCGAGCAUUUGAGAAGCUGGAGGUGGACAAACGCCUGGAGAAGUUAACUGAGGAAGUGGAACAAAAAAUUGCUACUCAGGUAGGGAGGCUGCAGGUGGAGCUGGAGAGGAAAAGUUCUGAGCUGGAUAAAGCCAAGCAGGAGAGUGUGAGGUUGGGUAGAGAGAAGCAAGAGCUGGAAGACAGAGCUUCAGAGCUGACAAGACAGGUGGAUGUCAGUGUGGAGAUGUUGGCCUCUCUCAAACAGGACCUGGUGCAGAAAGAGCAGGAACUCACCAAAAAACAACAGGAGGUGGUGGAAAUUGACUUGUUCUUAAAGGAGACAGCAAGCCGGGAAGCCAACGCUAAGGUGCGUCUGCAGCAGUUUAUUGAGGAGCUAUUGGACCGCGCAGACAGAGCCGAGAAGCAGUUACAGAUCAUAAGCAGCUGUGGUACCAGCCCAAAUGGCAGCUUGGGGAGGUGCAGUGUGCCCGGGUACAAAGUGACCCCCAGACAGAGGGACCGACACCCAGGGACGGGCUCAGUUACUCAUGUCUCCUAUUCUGUCUCCAACCAGCGUGCAUCCUCCAGUAUGGGGGCCCCUGGCAGAGUGAAGACCAUGUCCCAGAGCUCGGGAUGUUAUGAUAGCGAUGGGGGGGAACAAAUGGGUGUAGAUGAGGACAUGGAAGGUCAUCACUACACAGGGAACAACCAAGAUAACAGCUUUGAGAGGAAUAACAAUAAUAGAAGCUCUGGAUUACGCAGGCAAGCUAUACAGAACUGGCAUCGCCGGCCGUACAGAAACAGCACCGAGGGGGAGGAAGGAGACAUCUCUGAUGUGGGAUCCAGGACUACAGAAUCAGAAGCUGAAGUCUGGGAACAAGACAGCAUCGGAUCUGCAGAGCUGAACUCAAACCGAUCAUUAGGCAGCUGCCGAAACAAAGGUCGAUGCGAUGGAAGAAUGCAGAGGCCAGAGAAAGGCAGCCCAUCUCGCUCUAACGAGGUCAUCAGCCCAGAGAUCCUAAAGAUGCGGGCAGCGCUAUUCUGUAUUUUUACCUACCUCGAUACCAAGACGCUGCUACGGGCUUCUGAGGUUUGCAAGGACUGGAAGUUUGUGGGACGACACCCAGCUGUAUGGACACGCGUGUUCCUAGAGAACGCCAGAGUUUCCCCAAAGUUCCUGAUCACUCUAUCACAGUGGUGCACACAGACGCACUCCCUGACCCUGCAGAACCUUAAGCCGCGCCAGCGAGGGAAGAAAGAGACAAAAGAGGAAUAUAUGAAAAGCACAAGGGGCUCCCUGGAAGCCGGACUGGAAUCAUUACUUAAAGCAACAGGAGGGAACUUGCUGAUCCUUCGGAUAUCUCACUGUCCGAAUAUCCUGACUGACCGAUCCUUGUGGCUGGCUAGUUGCUACUGCCGAGCAUUGCAGGCUGUCACAUACAGGAGCUCUACCGACCCUGUGGGUCAUGAAGUUAUCUGGGCAUUAGGGGCCGGCUGCAGAGACAUUAUUUCUCUACAAGUAGCACCACUGCACCCUUGUCAGCAACCUACACGUUUCAGUAACCGCUGCCUACAGAUGAUUGGUCGAUGUUGGCCUCAUUUAAGAGCAUUAGGAGUGGGUGGUGCUGGCUGUGGUGUUCAGGGCCUUUCUUCUCUAGCCCGUAAUUGCAUGAGACUGCAGGUGCUGGAGUUGGACCAUGUGACUGAAAUCAACCAGGAGGUGGCGGCUGAAGUUUGCCGAGAGGGUCUGAAGGGGCUAGAGAUGCUUGUGCUGACUUCCACUCCAGUCACACCUAAAGCCCUUUUACAUUUUAAUAGUGUUUGUCGCAAUCUAAAAUCCAUUGUGGUUCAGGUUGGUAUAGCAGAUUACUUCAAGGACGCCAGUAGCCCUGAAGCCAGGAAACUCUUUGAGGAAAUGGUCAAUAAAUUGCAGGCACUGAAGAAAAGACCUGGAUUUUCCAAGAUCUUACAUAUUAAGGUUGAAGAAGGUUGCUAACCAAGUUUUUUACAGACAGACUUUCCUUUAUGAAACUUAUGCCUACUGAGCACUCCAAUAUCCAGAGUUAAAUAACAGUGCCAUCUCCCUAUGGGAAGUGCCACACCCUUUUGCCAAAUAUACAGUUCCAAGAGUGUGUAGGAUGCCUAUAUGCCGGUGGUGCAAUCAAAAAUCUAAAGGACCUGAAAGCAAACGUCUCCUAUGACCCUCUUUUAAAGAAGGUGACUGGUAAAACCAAAUUUCAGGGCUCUUUAUCAUUUUUUUAGCUGUUGUUCCGGUUUCUGUGAAUUAAUCUCCAUAGCCAAGGAACACGGAAAUGGCCUGUGGUAUGCUGGUCUAGUUGGUCUAGAUGUAGCAUUAUUAAGAUUUCUGAGGCAAGCUGCAAAAAUUCGAAUGUUUGUGUGAAAAAUUAUUAUUUGUGUUUCAGUCAAGUGAGAUAUACCAUAAAUCUGUAUAUUAAUAUAUAUAUAGAAAUAUAUCAAUAUUUUAAAUAUAUAUAUAUACUAUUAUUUAAAAAAAUAUGGAAAAAGCAAGAAACUUUUUCCAGUUAAAUUAUGUUCAGAGUAUUAUAAUGAGAAGCACGAGAACCAGAGUAAUCCAUAUAUGGGGCUAUGAUCUUUAAAUGAUCACUUCAUUUGUGUUACAUUUCCAAAUAAAGUAUUAAUGUAUUUUGAAGGCAAUAAAAGAUAAUAAUUAUGCCAUUCAACUAUUGAUCCUUAGAGGAUUGAAGAGGACUAAACUCUCUUACCGAAGAGUAUGAAGAGACAAUCGGAUGAGAACUCUCACCUGCAGAGCUUCAGGAUGACCUAUGUUGGAGCAGGUAUCAAAUUGGGGGUGUGAACUUUCUUCAGUAAAGUUGCUCCAGUCAUACAAGGUGCUAUAAAGGACACUCUCUCUUUUACAUAUCACUUGCUUUGUAUUAUCUUUCUUUUUCCAUAGUAAUUAUUAUUGGAAGGCCAAACCAAACAUUUUCUUCCAAAAAAAAGAAGAGCUAAUGUCCUUCUGUAGAAACUGGUUAAUAUAAAAUAAUUAGUUAAAGCACUUUAAGGUGGCCAAUUGCUAAAAAACAAAUUAGUAAAUUUGUUGGUUAGAUUUGUAAAUGAUGCCCCAUCGGUAUGUCUCAUUGGUGUAAAUAAUUUUCUCCUAUAAAACCCAUUAUUGAUCAGAAGAGCCUUUGGUAUUAAAAUAUUGCCUGUUCUUAUUUUACUGGGUAACGGUAAACUGAUCUGCAAGCACAAAAUAUCUUCAUAUGAGGUCAAGAGAUUGAAUCUCAAAAUAUUUUCCAGAUGGAAUAAAACUUUGGGGUCAAAAAG